AUCUGCCGACAGUACACAGCUCUAGGAGCUACUCUGCACAGUCUCAGUUUGAUGUGUAUGGCUAGAAAGUUUAUUUUUUUCUUUAGGAGAGUGCAUGUGAUCAGCAUGGGGCCAAUCAGCGCUGUUCAGACAGAGGGGCAGGGGUCCUGCAGCCUCAUAGGACAAUCAGGGGAGAAUGAAAACUCCUGCUAUAAAGCUUUAACCAGUGCUCAGCUGGACACUGAUAGAAGUCUCAUGACUACUAUAUACUGCUGAUGAGAAAAGGUAUUUAGCAGUUUAGAUUUACUAAAAUAAUUGCACUUCCAUGUUCUGUGUACUGUGGGAGACCGGAUAUAGUGAAUGCAGGGUCCAGG